AUGCCAUCAAGAAGCUACAUUGCAAAAGAAGAAUCAUCAAUGCCCGGUUUUAAACCAGCAAAAGAUCGACUGACUUUAUUGCUUGGUGGGAAUGCAGCUGGAGACUGUAAGUUAAAACCCAUGAUGGUGAAGGGGGCGGAGCCUGACCUCGGAGCUGCACAGACGAGCGUGCUGCGAGCUCCUGCCCAGCGGGCAGCAUUUGAAGCUAAAUCGACGGUUACAGAACCCACAGCACAUCCAGGGUGCACUACCCACACCCUGGGGGUGCACCGCGGAACAGGACGAUGCCUCGCAGAUGACCAUCGGAACCGGGUAGCCGACAAACCGCAUGCGGCCUAA